AUGAACACAAAAACUUUUCAAAACUUACACUUCACGGUAAAGUUCGAAAAUGAGACACGCACGACGUUAAACACUGAGAAUCACGUUGAGAAGUAUUUAAAAGUUCUUAAAAAACACUGCACAAUAUUAUUUAUUGGUGGAACAGCGUGUAAUCACAUGUACCGAGAAUACCGGUUCGAGUGUACGAGAGUGAGAGACCGCAUCGACGUUUAUCCUCGACAGUCGCGCGAGGCGCUCUGCCAACAUUGGAGAAGUCGUGCGGGCGAGGGGGUACCGAUAGACGAAAAUGGCUUCACAAGU